UCUAUUCUCAAAUCAAAAAUCAAAUGGUUCACCGUCGCUUGGUUAGUUUGUCAUGUUUUGUUGAGUAAAAAAGUGUUUAAAUCAAGGGAUAGCCUGUGAUUAAUAGAACAAUGAGCGUCAAAGUAUUAGACGGUGGACUUGGUACAGAGCUGGAGAAGAUUUCACACGCUAAACUUAUAGAAGAUCCCCUUUGGAGUGCCAGGCUGCUAAUAACAAAUCCUGAUGCUUUGAAAGCCACGCACAAGAGUUUCCUAGAAAAUGGGGCAGACAUCAUUGAGACAGCUACGUAUCAGGCAAGUAUCCAAGGCUUUGGUGAAUUUGGCGGUUUGUCCAAGGAAGAUGCACUACGGUUAUUUGAAAAAGCGACCAAAGUCGCCGUGGAAGCUGUGGAAGAGUUCUGGGCAGAAAAUAAAGAUAAAGAUCCAGGUCAAGAGAAACCCCAGAUUGCUGGGUCGCUGGGUCCCUAUGGUGCUAGCCAGCAUGAUUACUCAGAAUACAGUGGUGUGUAUGCUGAUAAAAUGACAAAAGAGGCACUCAUUGAGUGGCACAGGCCACACGUGGAAGCGAUGGUGAACUCCGGUUUAGAACUCAUUGCCAUGGAAACCAUCCCGUGCGUAGUCGAGGCCGAGGCUCUGGUGGAAUUACUCAAAGACUUCCCCAAAACGAAGGCUUGGAUUUGCUACUCGGUGAAGGACGAAGAGCAUAUCUUCCACGGUGAGACCUUUGCUGAUGGCGUCAGGGCAGUGAUUGAUUCAGAUCAGAUCAUAGCAGUAGGAUGUAACUGUUGUAAUCCAGUUAGUGUUGCACCCCUCCUGCGUAGCGCCAAGACGGCCAUUGGCACCAAGCCGUUUGUCGUGUACCCAGAUCAGAGGGAUGAUUUCUGCUUUGAUGGAAGGAAAGGGGGAGAGUUCAUCAUGCCAACCUUGGACAGCCUUGUUCCAACCUGGAUAAGUCUUGGCGCUGGCUACAUCGGAGGAUGUUGCCACACAACACCAGCUAUGAUUCAAAAAGUUUCAGAAGUCGUCAGGAAAUACAAUCAGUCACAAUUAAAUCAUUAGGCUGUAAAAAGUAAAAAGCUUCCUCCUAUCAUAAUGAUGCUUCAUCAAAAGAUCCAACACUUCCCCUUAAAACAAACCAACAACACCAUGCUGCAGUUUAGUCAUUUACACAAGCCUAUGUCAGGCAUGAUAUUUGGUCCUUGUGAAAAAAGUAGAUGAUUUUAAAAGAAUUAAGUUUUAAUCUCAGCAAGGCAUUUGUGCUUGUCAACCUGCAAUUCUUGUUUUAUUUUAAUUGUGCUUUUGCACACUCAUGGUUAAGGGCAUAAUGUAAUAUAAAAUUAAUUCUACAUAGUGCCUUGUUUAUUAAAUUCCUCAUGUAUUCACACAUGUCGAAGUAACAGUAACUAAACCAACAAGCUGUAAUAUAUUUUUUUUAAACCAUAAACCGUAGUCGCAAUCAUUGUAUUCUGCCAAGUUCAACCUUCAAAUAAACAAUUUCACAACCAUAAGCUUUGCCAACCAAGAAGGCGGGCUUCACUUUAAAAAAAGGUGGAUCAAAAUAGCAUUUAAGUCAAUGUUGCUAUGUUAUUUAAUAUCCAUGUAUUCCCGACAAAUCAAUUGUGCGACAUAAAACAAAUAAUAAAUCUGGCUUGGAAUUGCAAAGGGUACCUCCAUUGGAAAAUCCGAGUCUUUGGGAAACUUUGAAGGGGCAUCAAGGCCAAACCCAGGGGUCAUUGGCUCUGUGUUCUUCCAGUCCUGAUAUAUUCUUUUCUCUGUUUGUUUUUCUCUAAGACAAGUCCUUCUUUUUUCUGGUCUUUUUUAUACACGUCUUUGUUGUUUUGCUUUCUUGUUUUGUGUUCUUAAGGCCCGGUCCCACUGCAGCGAGAACGAUAACGAUAACGAUGA